AUGCGCUAUCAAGAUUGUUUUCCCAAAUACAUAUCAUCAGGCUACGGCAAGGACAACAAGAGUUACUUAGCUAUUGAAGUGCUUGGACCUUCACUAAAGAAAUUAUUGCAUCAUUCUAAGCAUGGUGUCUCAUUAUAGACUAUCAAUUUAAUAAAGAAGUUGCACUAAAUAGGUUUUGUUCACAGAGAUAUAAAGCCAGAUAAUAUUCUAAUAAGGAGCUUUGAUCUCUAGUCUCCAGAAUCAUCUCUUUUCGCGUUAAUCGAUUUCAGCGCAUCAGAAACUUAUAUUGGAGAAAAUAAUAAACACAUAAAAAAUGAGAGACAAAAAAGAUUCAAUGGGAAUUUUGCUUUUAGUAGCGUAUAUCAAAUGCUUGGACAUAGUCCAUCCAGAAAGGAUGAUCUGCUCUCUAUAUUUUAUUUGCUGCUAUUCCUAAAAGAAGGGUAGCUUCCAUGGACAGUAAAAUAAUAGGAUGGGACCUAUAAGAAGCAGACUUUUGAAUAAAAGCCUGAUUACAAUUAGAUAUUAGAUAGCUUGUAUAACCAGCUGUUGAGAAUUAAAAUUAACAAGCAUUUAUGGGUUAUGGACUGGACAAAAUUCACCGUAAAUUGGGUUAAAAAAUUCAAAGAAUUCGAGAUUCUAUUCUAAAAAUUUGAUAAUAACUUAGAAAGAAAAAGAGAGAUAAGCCCAGCUCCCUCAAUAUAUGAUUAAAAUGUUUAUUAAACCUGCUAACUAUCAUAACUUACUUCGAAAAUAAAAGGAAAACCUUAAAAUCAAACUCUCUCAUUAACUUAGAAUCAAUAGUGCGAGGUCUCAGAGCCCCCCCAAAUAAAAAUAAUAUGGUAAAUUAUAAGUCCCCUCGGUUAUCAAGCUAAAUUUGAUUAACAUGCGAUAGAAUUUAGAUCACCAGAAUUCAAAUAAGGAAUUUAAAAUUGCUGA